AUGGGACGGAACGGUGUCAAGGUGAUCAUCCGGGCGCGACCGACGGCCGUUUUCGCCCAAAACCAGAUCCACAUCGACCAAGAUGAGAACACGAUCGAGAUCUCGCUUGCCGACAACAAGGUUGACAUGGUGCCGUCGAACAAGAAGGACUCGUGGAAGUUUAAGUUUCACCAAGUGCUUCAGAACGCCGGCCAGGAUAAAGUGUACGAAGCGAUUGCACGCGACAUCGUCCAUGGUACGAUAGUCGAUGGGAUCAACGGCACGAUCAUGGCGUACGGACAAACGGGGGCUGGGAAGACCUUCACCAUGAUCGGCGACACGCGCAACUAUCAGCACCGAGGCAUUGCGCCACGCGCGAUCGCUCAAGUGUUUCAAGAAAUGGAGAACCGCAUCGAAAUCGAGUCGACAGUGCAUGUGUCGUACAUGGAAAUCUACAACGAUCGCAUCUUCGACCUCUUGGCCCCCGACGACGACACGGACAUGCACGAAUACGUGAUCGUUGAAGAUUCCAAAGGCACGUACGUUCGAGGUCUCACGCAAGUCGAGACCGCAACGGAGAAGGAUGCAUUGGACCAGCUAUUCAAUGGUGAAUUGCGACGUACGGUGGCUGAGCAUCAAUUGAACAAGCGGUCGAACCGAUCGCACUGCAUCUUCACUUUUCAUAUUUCCCAGAAAUCGCGCACGGGCGGCAAUGAACACGUCAUCCAUAGCAAGUUGCACUUGGUCGAUCUCGCAGGAAGCGAGAGGCUGAAGAAGACAAUGCAGGACGAAGACGCCCCACACAAGUCCACGAUCAAGAAAGAAUCGAUGUACAUCAACCAGAGCUUGACGUUCCUGGAGCAGUGCAUUGUAGCCCUGGGGGCGCGCGAGCAGCGGCACAUCCCAUACCGUCAAACAAAGCUCACCAACGUGCUCAAGGACUCGUUGGGAGGGAACUGUAACACUCUCAUGUUUGCCUGUGUGUGGGGCGAGAGCAAACACUUGGAGGAAACGAUCUCAACGCUCAAGUUGGCCCAACGCAUGAUGCGUGUCCAAAACGAAGUGACGUCGAUCGUGGAGACGGACCCGACCAUCUUGAUCAAAAAGUACGAGAAACAGAUCAAGGAGCUCAAGCAAGAGCUCACGAUGCACGACGCGCUCGUCGAGCGGACAGGCGUCGUCUAUGACGAACACACGGCCGAGCAGAAGUUUGAACUCAUGCGCAUGGUCCGGGCGUAUGUGGACAGCCCCGUCGACGACGACGCCAUGCUCCAGCUCACGAGUCUGCGGCACAUCAAGGAGUUGUUUCGGCAGUUCAAGCUCUUGCUCAAGAACGCCGAGAGCGCGUCGCCGCAGCCAUUUGCCACGCGAUCGUCGACAUCCAACGUGUCCCGGGAAAAUGGGACGCUGGACGGGUCAACGUUGGACGAUGACGACAAGCUCGUCGGCGAUCCAGAGGACCAUGUUGGCUUUGUGCUGGGCCACGCCCCCAAUGGCGCCAUGCCAGCCGUCAUGGAUGCCGCGGCGAAAAAGGACGGGGGAAUCUGUGCUGACGACAGCGCCAUCCGCGACGCGUCACCCGUGGACGUCGCCGACGACAAAAGCAACAACGACACCAAGGGGGAUCCGGUGGAAGUGGGCAAGGACGACGCGUACAAGUUUUUCAUUGCGUCGGGGCCUGGAAAGAAGUUGCAUCUGUCGCUCCAAGAGGAAAAGCAGACGUUAAAAACAGCCAAGGACCGCGCACGGGACGUCACGAGCCAACUGAACGCGACCAAGGUGCUGAUUGACGACUUGAAGCAGCAGCUCGGGGAGAAGCGCGUGGCACGAAAACUGGCAAGUGUGAAGAAGCAGACAAAGGACGACGACGAGGAAGUCGUUGACGAAGAGGAGUUUAUACUCAUGCGCAAGGAGCGCGAGGCAAAGCGAGACUACCGCGUCUUGUACGACGACUUGAAGGAAGUCAAAAACGAGUUCGACUUUACCCAACGAAGCAUCGAGCUGCUUCGGAUGCAGCUCAUCCAAGAGUUCGAAGAGUGGUUUCAAGACGGUGGGUGCCAAGCCAAGGAUGGCGACGAUGGCGACCGAGACAAGCUCGAUGAAGGUGAAAAGUUCGAUCAAAUGGAAGUCGAGCGCAUCCGAGCGCAAGAUCCCGACUCGCUGGCGUUUUUCCAAGCGCAAAAGAAGAUGCGCCAAGGGGGGGGCACGAAUCCGCGAAAGACUGCCAAGCGCUAACGCGUCAACU